CUUUUCUCGCCUGUGAUGAGGUAGCAACCACAGGAAGUCAGCUCUGGUUUUUGAAGCUGCGGCCCGGCUGAGACAAGAAGGCUCAAGGAGGGGUCCGCGAACUCACUGGGAGUUGGUACGAUGAGCGACGGGUCAGGGGAGCCGGCUGCGGAGGCCCCGCCCGCUACCGGAAGAGGGGUCCACAUCGUCGUGGAAUACUGCAAGCCCUGUGGCUUUGAAUCUGCCUACCUGGAGCUGGCAAGUGCUGUGAAAGAAGAAUACCCUGAUGUGGAGAUUGAAUCCCGUCUUGGGGGCACAGGUGCCUUUGAAAUAGAAAUAAAUGGACAACUGAUCUUCUCCAAACUUGAGAAUGGAGGAUUCCCUUAUGAGAAAGACCUCAUUGAAGCCAUUCGGAGGGCAAGCAAUGGAGAGCCACUUGAGAAAAUCACCAAGAGCCGGCCACCUUGUGUCAUUCUUUAGUGUGCCUUUCUCCAUUUAUUCUGUAUUCUCUACUUGCCCAACCUCCCUGAAUCCUUGCCACCUUUGCUUCCAACUUGUGAUUCUGAUUUUAAUUCCAUUGCUAGGUAAAUGUCAGGACAGGACAGACAUUAAAGUAAUUUGGGUUGUUUGCAAACUAGUAAAAUAAGCAAGAACUUAAGCCAUAUUGGGGAGGUUGGGUUAACAGGGCUUGUUAAAUAAAGCAACCUUUCUCUUGAGGAGAAUUUACCUUGGAAUUCCUUUUUCUUAUUUUGAGACACCAGUGUGGAUUUUGUCUUAACCUGUUGUAUUUCUUUUGACUUCAUCUGAAUGGGCAGGAGUGAAAUGUCAUAUUUCACCCGUGCUCUUUUCAGAGUUAAGAUCUUUUGGCUUCUCUGCCUUCAGAGCCUCAGCUUUGAAUUUUAGCCAUUCCCCUGCUCCUUUUCCCACAUACUUCUUCACCAGCAGUCAGAAUGAGCUGGUGUCACAACCUGACUUCACUAUGAGGUCUGCAGGACUAGAGUAAAGCUUAACAAGAACUCUACCCAGCGCUCCUGUCUAGAUCCAAUUGAUGCUGCAGAGCAAGUUUUCAAGGACCAGUUAUUUCAAGAAACAUCCUGGGGAUCAGUGUUCCUAAAGGAAGGCUUCAGAAUGAAAAACCUCUUGCAGGUCACACUACAGGAAUGAGAAUUAAUCACAACAGUGCUGCUGCCGUUCCACUCCAUUGCCAGAAGCAGAGAUUUGCCUUAGUUUAAGUGUUCCCUAAUUUUAUUGUUAAAUUCUGUCUAGAUAACCAGGACAGUGUUACUACACGCAGGAGGGGAACACUUGGAGGCUCAUCUGUUUUCUAUCCUACUAUGGACUUUUGCAAUGUAGGGCUUGAGCCAAAUAGUGGCUGGACCUUUCAAAUGAUCAUCCUACUAAGGUAUCCCCAAACUAGACAUGAUUUGCUGGCAAAGAAAAUAAUUCUUCCAUACUUCCAUACUGGACUAGUUUUACUUUUUCUGAGACCAAGUAUGAAAUCUAAAGUGACUCAGAGUAGGCCACUUCAAAGUUAUUUUAUGGGUGACUUAUAUUUGCAGCUCAAUUGCAUUUUUAAUAACUAAACUUUCUGAAUUUUUCAGCCCCAAAAUAAGCAUUUUCAUGGUCCAGUUAUUUCAAGAGUAAGCUACAAGUGUAAUUCUCCCAUUGCAAUCAGUGAGACUUUAAGGAUACUAUUUGGAUCAGAGUGUGUAUAUGUCCAAUUUGAAGUUUUCUUGCAAAUUACCUUCUGUUGAUUAAAUAGCAGAUCUACAUCUGUCAUACUAGUAA